UUAAUGGAUAUGCUCUAUUUUCACUCAACAACCCUAAAGAACGUCCACCGCACAUUGUCAAGUUGUUUACGUACUCAACAACCCAGGCCAACCGUCUAGAUGAAGAUUUUCCAUUUUGGCAACCUUCUUAAAUCCAUUUGUUUUUCUUUCUGUCUCAGUUUGUUUCACCCGAACUUAAUUAAUGAUCAUUUCCUUCUUCUCUUUUGGCUUCAAUCGUUUUGUUAAUUUCCAUUCUACCAUUUCCGGUGAUCAUCAUCAUCAUGGACCCAGCAGAACUUCGGCGUGUUUUUCAAAUGUUCGAUCGCAACGGGGAUGGCCGGAUCACGAGGAAGGAGCUUAGCGACUCGUUACAGAACCUCGGCAUCUUCAUCCCAGAUAAAGACAUGAUCCAGAUGAUUGAAAAGAUCGACGCGAACGGCGACGGAUACGUGGAUAUCGAUGAGUUCGGAGCAUUGUAUGAAACGAUAAUGAAUGAGAGGGACGAGGAGGAGGACAUCAAGGAGGCAUUCAAUGUGUUCGAUCAGAACGGAGACGGGUUCAUCACCGUGGAGGAGUUGAGAUCGGUGUUGGCUUCUUUGGGGCUCAAGCAAGGGAGGACCCUAGAAGAAUGCAAGAGGAUGAUCAAGAAGGUGGACAUGGAUGGGGAUGGGAUGGUCAACUUUAACGAGUUUAAGCAGAUGAUGAAAGGUGGUGGAUUUGCUGCCCUGAGUUCGAGUUCAUAGACCAUGCAUAUGUAGAGGCUUUUUCCUUUCCUUUUUUUUUUUUUUUUUUUUUUUUUUACUUUUCUUUGUUCUUAUUUUUAUUAUAGAGAGGGAGAUAUAAAUAGAGAGAGAGACAGAGGGAGAAGGAAGAAAGAUGAAUCUUCAGGAGAAGGAAGAAAGAUGAAUCUUCUAGGAUAACUCUUGCAUUAUUUUUAUUGAUGAAUGCAAUAAAUAUGUAUGUUUCAUUUUA